AUGUCGGACUCCAGGGAGCCAGGGAAGCCCGGCGGCGACAAGGAGAAGGAGGAUACGCUCACCAAGUACAUCCAGCGCAUGAAGACCGCCCUCAAGGGGCCUCGCAGACCGGCGGACAUGGACAGGAGACCGCACCUGGCUGCUCGUCCCAGAGCCGCUGCACCCGCAGACGCCGACCUCGCCGCAGACCCAACAGCACCAGCAGCAACAACACCAUCUGCCUCUCCUUCGCACAGUCAAGGCCCAGGUCAAGGUCAACCUCCAGCUCCUCGCCAGUGGACCUCCAUGCAAGAAGAACGCGCCCGCGCCCUCUUCGCUAAGUACGGCCUCACUCUCGAACCAGGCGAAUGGAUCACCGGCCCUGCUACUGGCCUGGCUGCUGCCAACAAUAUUAAUAACCAGGUCGAACGGAUCGAGAAACCCAUCCGUAUGCGCGUCCGUCGUAACUGUCAUCGCUGUCUGGCUACCUUUGGCGCCGACAAGGUGUGCGUCAAGUGCGAGCACACCAGGUGCAAGAAGUGCUUCCGCUACCCGCCUUCAAAGUCGGAGACGACCUCUUCGUCAGAGCCCAAGAGGGAGCGCGUCCAGAAGAAGAUCGUUAAUAUCAUGUUGACUAUCCCCAGUCGGACAGGCGGACAGGAUCUUGUGCGCAAGCCCGUUCGCCAGCGUGUGCGGCGGACCUGUCAUGUCUGCAGCACUUUGUUCGAAGGCUCUGCCACCGAGUGUCUGAACUGCCAUCAUCUCCGGUGCAAGAAAUGUCCUAGAGAUCCGGCAAAGAUAGACAAGUAUCCGGACGGAUACCCUGGCGAUGCAGAGCCGCCGUUUGAGCCACAGGAGCGGAUCUGGAGGAAACCUCGUCGGCGCGUUCGGUGGACUUGUCAUGAGUGCUCGUCCAUGUUCACGGGCGGAGAGAAGAUAUGUCUUCAGUGCCACCACGAGCGGUGCGGCGGCUGUAUUCGAGACCCGCCUAAAAAGAUCAAGCCAGAGCCAGACCCAGAGAUACUUCGGCGUGUCGAGGAGAAACUGGCGCUUAUAGAUGUCUCUUCCUAG